AACAAAAGUGACCUUAAAUUACAUUUAAACAACUCUUCGACAAAAGUGUUUAAAAAUCCGCGAAUACUAUGUUUAGUGACAACACAACCAAAAAAUCACAAAACAAAAGCUCUGGCAGUGAAGGAGACGUGGGGUAAGGCAUGCGAUAUACUAUACUUCGCCAGCUCUGAAGCUGAUCCAGAGCUGCCGGCCAUCGCUGUGGAGUGCGAAUCGUACGACCAUGAUCAUUUGCUGUGCAAGAACAUCAAGGCCAUUCGGUACGGCGCCCACAAGUUUAAGGGCCGCUUUGAUUGGCUGUUUAAGGCCGACGACGACACGUUCGCAGUGAUGGAUAAUCUCAAGUAUUUGGUCCGGGAGUCGGACCCCAACGAUGCCGUUUGGUUUGGCUGUCCCUUCGCUCUCGGAGGCAAUCGCACCAAACUCUAUAUGAGUGGAGGCGCCGGUUAUGCAAUCAGUAGCGAAGCCAUCAAUCGGCUGAUGAAUGAGUUUGAAAAUCCCAGCAAAUGUAUGGAUUGGGAUCUGAAGCGAGAGACCGGUGCCGACGACUGGGAGAUCGGGAGCUGUUUAAACAAAUUGAACGUUAAAAUCGGCGAAGAGAGGGAUGCCGUCAAUAAGAAACGCUUCUUUCCCUUCAGACCCGAAGAGUUAAUUUACCCGAAGGGAGACUUUUACGACUGGUUUAAGACCUAUAAUGGUCUCGACUGUUGCAGUAAUAAAACCAUUGCUUUCCAUUACGUCUCGGCUGAAGACAUGUAUGUCUACCACUUCCUAAUCCAUCAUUUGAUUGUCAAGACAUCGAUA